GCCUUGCCGUGUCAACAUCUCUUGUGCCAUAUCACUCCCUCCCUACCUAGGUACCUGGUAAUAAUUCAUUCUGUUCAUUUGUUCUAUCAAUUGAUAGACUAGUCCUAACCCCUUUCUAACGUCCAACAUCCACUUUCAUAUUGGAGCGCUUUCCCGCCCUUUUCAGGGCCGUCCGAAAGGGCAUGGCCGAAGCCACCCGCUCGUCUUUCCUAGGCUCAAUCUCGGCCUGGAGUAGAAGCAGCACUCCGCCUCCCAAGUCUCCUCUCCAGAAGCCAAAAGAAGAUCCUCCGGCCCUACGACAAUCUACGGGUCUUGAUCACACAAUAAGUCUGAGGCCAUCCCCCAGUCUCCGCAAGUAUCCGAAAGAUUGUCCUCCGCUCAAACCCAGAUGGUUUUAUGCUGUGGACGUGCCGAAAAGGAAGCCUUUUGCUUCUGAGUCGACACCAGAGGAGAAAGUGAAGCCUCCACCGGUCCCGAAGAAACUGGUACCGUUCUCCUCUCGAGACUCCCAGGCAAUCGAGAAAGCAUUUCAGUCGCUAGACAAGGACGACCACGGUCAAGGUGACAACGCUGAACCCACUAGCACCAGAGUCCCGGUCAACGAAGACUUCUUGUACGACGUCCACAUCGAAAAGCGUGAGUUAGAGCCUGUGUAUUGGCUAGGUCCAGUCUACGACGUCCGGAGAGGCAGUUGGUUCUAUGCCGAUGGCUCAACAUUGAAACCAUGUGAUGAAAACCUCGCCAACCAGCUGGAGGAGGGCUAUCUCAAGGUAGCACCGUGGAGAAGGAUACCCACCACGUCCUCACGGUCCAGCUCCCAGCCAAGAAGUCGUCCGACUUCCACAGUUAUAGACAGCUCCUCUGCACAAUCAACAAGCACAACACCGCCUUCGCAGGAUGAUGGUCACACUGCCGGGUCAAACACCCAUAGACUGUUUGGUGCUUAUAUGAACACAACGGUGACCUAUCAGGACGCAACUGUUGCCUAUCUCACGACUGACGAUCUAUUUUCGCGUGUGAGCAGCACGGUCUACGGCAGAUUCGUUGGCUAUGGAGGCACCAAAGUUGUUCGCGGGUGGUCAGACACCAAGACUACAGACUCAAAAGCGGGUUCGAAGGCGUUUGAAGUACCGAGCACCAAGGACAAGCGGAAGUCUGCCAAUAUACCAGCUGAGGCGGCGCCAAACGUCGAGCAGAAUGAUAGUAGUUCACAGUCCACAGACCAGGAAGUCACUAAACCUCGACGGACGGCCUUGGAGCGUCAACUCUCGUCCUUGGCGGGCAUGCCGCACCCUGAUGACGCGCAAGAUCUAGCCGAGGAAGAAGCAAGGGAAGAAGAAGAGCGGGAGAUGGAAGACGCCAGAGAAAAGGACGGCGAUGAUCAGGCAAGACAGAUUGACCACUUGGUCCUGGUCACUCAUGGAAUAGGUCAACGACUUGGCCUGCGACUCGACAGCAUCAACUUCAUCCACGAUGUGAACACAAUGCGGAAGACCAUGAAAGCCGUCUACGACUCUGCACCCGACCUGCAAGCUCUGAGUGGCGACCCGAAAAACUGCAAAAUCCAAGUCCUGCCAAUCUGUUGGCGUCACUUGCUAGAUUUCCCCAAGCAAAGCCUCAAGCAGAACCGCAAGGAGUUUGAUCUUGGAGAUGCCGACGCCGCUUUUGACGACGAAUAUCCAUCUCUGCAAGAUAUUACCGUGGAAGGAGUCCCUGCCGUGCGCAAUCUGAUCACCGAUCUUGCAAUGGAUGUGCUCCUCUACCAAAGCGCCUACAGAGAGCACAUUGCCACCAUUGUCCAAAAGGAGUGUAAUCGAGUGUACCGGCUUUUCAAGGAGAGGACAGGUUUCGACGGCAAGGUCAGCUUCUGCGGCCAUUCUUUGGGCAGCGCCAUCCUUUUUGACCUCCUGUGUCGACAAGAAGAAACAUCCAAGACUCGACCCCGCCGUGUAUCCAGCCGGGCAUCGCGAGACUACCAUGGACCCGAACACAACGACCUGCGCUUGGACUUUGACGUGGAAAAGUUCUUUUGUCUUGGCUCCCCAAUUGCUCUUUUUCAAAUGCUCAAGGGCCGAACGAUCGCUGGCCGUUCAAUGCUGCAUUUGAAUUCCCUUGGGUCCGCGGGCAUGCCAACAUCGCCGUUUGAUCCGGAUCCUAUGGGCAACGACCCAUUCGACAGCUCUUUACGACCCGGUGGGAUAGGAAGUGGCGGCAUCGGCACCUCAUCGAAUUCGCUGAUUCCAAUCAGUGUAUCGUCGCCGAAAUGCAAUGAACUAUUCAACAUCUUCCAUCCCACGGACCCGAUUGCCUAUCGAAUGGAGCCUCUGAUCUCGCCGGCUAUGGCACAGCUCAAAUCCCAACCGCUUCCGUAUACCAAGAAGGGACUUUUUGCGGCCCCGGGCAUUGGAAAUAUGACGGCCAGGGUUGGCCAGCAAGUCAUGUCAAGUUGGUACAGUUUGACUUCGGGGGUGGCGUCAAGCCUGAUCAAUAGAAGUCUAGGCAUUACAGGCGAAGAGCAAGCGUUGGCGCAAGAUAAGGCCAAGCUAGGUGGCAGUAGUACCAAUACGAGCGGCGGAAAUGCACCAUCUAGCCAUGGCCAGCCAAUCCCACCCGCUCCCGUUGUCAACAUGCCCCUCGCAGAUUCAAAAAGACAACAAGAUCUCGCAGAAGCAGCAGCCAAGUCAUCCACCUCGACCGGCGACGCCCCGACACUAAUCGACUCGGAGAUCGAGACCCUCUUUUCGGGAUUCCAGAAACGUCACCAAAACCAGCACCAGCAGCACCGUGUUCGGCCGCGCCGAUCACGCUCUCACACUGCUUCUACAACUGGUACAGCUGAGGCUUCUGACACCGAAGACAAAGACACGGCGCAGCAAUCAUCCGCCACAGAGUACCAGCUAUCCCUCGAGCGCUCGAGAAGACUGAAACGGGAAGAAGCCAAAGUUCGCGCUCUCAACAGCAACGGUCGCGUCGACUACCAUAUCCAGGAAGGAAUGUUUGAUGUCUCGUUACUCGCCAGCAUCGCGAGCCACUUGAGUUAUUGGGCCGAUGAGGAUGUCAACCAUUUCAUGAUUGGGCAGAUGCUCAAGACCCGUGCGAGGGAGACGAGUGAUGAUAUUCGGAAUGAGAUGGAUAAGGAUCGGUGGUGAGCAGUGUCUAGCCCUGAGCUGUGGGGAGUUUUGAGCCGUGGUGAACCCUGAGCAGUGGUGAGGCCUGAGCAGUUGUCCACUGUGAGCCCCUCUGCACACCAACCGGUGAAGUUCGGAUCGGAAUAUGGAUCGAACGAACCGAAACGGAAGAGACCGCAACGAAUUUUACGAUAAACGAGAAGAAGAAAGCCCCAACUCCAGUCAGUGUUGAAAGAAUAAACUUCACUAUUCCUAAAGGUCAAAUUCAGAUCACCCGAAAACUAGGUUAGAUGCCGGAGGUUGGAUUGUUGUUGGUCUACCUUAGGUUAUCUGUCCAAGACAAGGCUCAGCCGCCACGGACACAAAUAAAUCAAAUGCAUGUUGGUGGUCUGGGGAAAAUGGUCAACGUCGUGUAGAUCCGAUUCCUAGCUGCUCAAUUGCCCCGAGACCCUGCCCUCGGGGAUCUGGCCUGUGACAUGGUAUAUUAUAGUAUGGUAUAGUAUAGUACAAUAGAAUCGACAACCUCGACUCAGUCAUUCAAACUAAGGAAACGAAAACUCUUGCGCGCCCUAGAUGAGGAUCUUGGUCUUUACUGCAUUAUUCUACUUACCGUAGAUUACUUGU